GGAGACUCUGAAGGGAACACUUUCUGUUGGAAAGCUUGGGGAGCAGAUACAGAAUGGCUGUAACGGGGGAUGAGACAGAAACAGGCUCCACAGGUGACUUCACCGCCUGCCAGCUGCACAAACCCAGCUCCAGCCUCCCGCAGGGGAUGGCAGGGGCCAGCCCUCACGGCUCCAAGAGAGCAGGAGAGGAUGCUGUACAAAAGAGAGCGCUCCGCUUGAUGAAGAACAGGGAGGCCGCCCGGGAGUGUCGACGAAAGAAGAAGGAAUACGUCAAAUGCCUCGAAAAUCGCGUGGCCGUGCUGGAAAAUCAAAACAAGACUCUGAUUGAGGAGCUCCGAGCCUUGAAAGACAUCUAUCGACACAAAGUCGAGUGAAUCCUCAGAGCGGCGGAGGAGCCUCGAUUGCGUGGAGCUGUGUUGUCUGUUUCUGCGGGAUGUCUUGAGGGACUCUGGUUUUGCUCAUGUGCAAACACUCACAUGAACAUGCGCUCGCACAAAGUUGUCUUUUGCUGUUAAAUAUGUUUACAUGAUGAUGUCAAUGUCUCUGGCUCCGAAAUCGCCUGGGCGCCACAACCAGCAACAACAACAACCUUGUUCCAGGUCAGGGUGGUUGUCGGUGAGCUUAUGUCCCUUUGCACAGGGAGGCUGUCGGAGGGAGCAGGGGGACAAUGGGGACCACCUGCCUUACUGAGAGAAACUGAAGAAGCAGUGAUUCAUCACUAAGCUCUACAUUUUCCAUUCCUUUAGGAUUAGUUUUAAAAUUUGUCUGUCUGAGAUCUAUUAUAGCAGCUGAUCAGUUUUGUGAUGCGUUUUUUGCUACGACCAAACGAUCAAAGAGGAUCUGCUCACCCCCUAUCAGUGUUUGUGUUGUUUGUCAGCCCACCUUAAAUAUCCUAAUGCAAGCACAGGAUUCAACACCCACUGAUCCACCAUAUUUAACAUAGAGACAAUACCAACAUCUCUUCAAUGACUCUUCUGCUCCUAACCUGUGGCAUUGCUAUUUAUUUAAGCAAGUUCACUUUGCAUUUCUGUUAUUGUUUGUACAAAAAAAAGCAUUUGUGUUAAUAUGUGUAAGAGUAGUCAGUCUGCCAGUCUACAUUUAUGUGACUCUUCUUUUUUUAAUAUAUUUGAUGCUGAAAUCUUAAGCUUUUAGCUUCAGCAUUGUUGUUUUAUUCGUCUGUAACACAUCAGCAGCGGUCUUGUUAUCUCAACGCCAUAGUUAAAGGUUAAAGGUACAGUGUGUAGAAUUUUGUGAUAUCUAGUGUUGAAGUUGCAUGUUGCAGCUGAACACCCCUCACCUCAGCCUCCUCUUCCAAACAUGGAAAAGAACCUGUGGAAGCUUCAGUUGUCAUAAA